CAGAGCCCAAAAUAUUUACUUCAAGAACAUCGAAGGAUUAAGGGGAAGAAACAAGGCUGUAAUCUCAAGAUGUCAUGUCUGGUGAACUGCUUCCUUUUUUGUCUCCUUAUUGCUCAAGGAAUGUGCACAGAUCGCCUGCUAGCAAAUGGACAUCUGAAUAAAGGACAGAGCCUUGUUUCAAUAAAUGGAUUCUACAGAGCUGUUUUUCAAAAUGAUGGGAACUUUGUCAUCUAUGAUGUAAAUGACAAGGCACUUUGGUCAACUAAAACAGCAGGACAAGUUGAUGCAGAUAAAGUGAUUUUACAGUUUGACAACAACCUGGUAAUGUAUACAUACGGUGGCAAAGCAUUGUGGUCAUCACAAACAGCAAAACCUUAUGGCAGUGAAUGUGUCCUGGUUAUGCAGAAUGACGGAAAUUUGGUCUUAUACAGAACAUCAUGUGCCAUGACACCCAUUGAUGCUAUUUGGGCCUCAAGAACUGGGCAGAAGUGAUGUUGUAAAGGAGGUGAAUGAAUUGAAGACUAAUGUAAAGGCACAGCAUGCGGCAUGUAUCGCUACCUUCCUGUCUCUAAAUUCAGGAGAAUCUGAGUAUAACCUUGCAACAGCCUCAUUUAGUUUAUCACUUUAUCAAGUUCGACAUUUUCACUAUAUAAUUCUUUUUAAUAGUUACUGUGGUUGUGUUUUCUGUACAACUUUUGAAUGGUAUCCAUGGUUGUGACUAAAACUGGUCAAUAAGGAUCAGUUUACUAAAAGCUCAUCAAACACAUAAAUUGUCAACAAAUGCAAUGCAAAUAAAGUGAAAAAUGUUAAUAAA